AUGCUGACUUCCCGCUCCUUCCUUACCUUCUCCAAGAUCAUCCGCUCAUCUGCGGCGCGAUACUCACAAGCCGCUGGUCUUCCAGUAAGCGAAGGAGAACCGGCUCCUCUUCCAUCAUCGGAUGAUCGUCAAAUUUCUCCAAAAGUGUCAUCACUUGUUGAGGAAAUUGCAAAUCUCAGUCUCCUCGACGUCUCUGAUCUCAACUGGGCACUCAAGAAGCGAUUGAACAUUCCCGAUCAACCGAUGAUGGCGGCCUUUGCGCCAGCCGCGGCUGCUCCAGUCGCGCAAACCGAAUCUGCUGAAGCUGCUUCGGAUGUUCCGCAAAAGAUGACAUUCACCGUGAAAUUAACUAAAUUCGACGAGACUAAGAAGAUUGCUAUUAUCAAGGAGAUUCGUAAUGCCGUGCCUGGAUUGAAUCUUGUGCAAGCUAAGAAGUUUGUGGAAACCGCUCCAGUAAACGUGAAAGAAGAUCUUGGAAAGGCGGAAGCCGAAGAAUUGAAAGCAGUUUUGGAGAAAGCCGGAGCUGUCAUCGAAAUUGUCUGA